AUGGCUCCCGGAGAGAAGAUCAAAGCCAAAAUCAAGAAGAACCUGCCCGUGAGAGGCCCUCAGGCACCCACCAUCAAGGACCUGAUGCGGUGGUACUGCCUCAACACCAACACCCACGGCUGCCGCCGCAUCGUGGUGUCCCGCGGCCGCCUCCGCCGCCUCAUCUGGAUCGGGAUCACGCUGAUGGCCGUGGCCCUCAUUAUCUGGCAGUGCGCGCUCCUCGUGUGCUCUUUCUACACUGUCUCCGUCUCCAUCAAGGUCCACUUCCAGAAGCUGGAUUUCCCCGCCGUCACCAUCUGCAACAUGAACCCCUACAAGUACAGUGCCGUGCGUGACCUUCUGGCUGACCUGGACAAGGAGACCAGAGAGGCCUUGAAGUCCCUAUUUGGCUUUUCAGAGGUGAACUCUCGGAAACGUCGGGAGGCAGAACCGUGGGAGGGCAUCCAGCCCAGAUUCCUCAACGUGGUCCCGCUGCUGGUCUUCAACGAGGAGGAGAGGGGCAAGGCCAGGGACUUCAUCACGGGCCGCAAGCGGAAAGUGAGCGGGAAAAUCAUUCACAAGGCUUCCAACGUGGUGCAUGUCCACGACUCCAAGGAGAUGGUGGGGUUCCAACUGUGUUCCAACGACACCUCGGACUGUGCCACCUACACCUUCAGCUCGGGCAUCAACGCCAUCCAGGAGUGGUACAAGCUGCAUUACAUGAACAUCAUGGCCCAGGUGCCUCUGGAGAAGAAGAUCAACAUGAGCUACUCUGCAGAGGAGCUGCUGGUCACCUGCUUCUUUGACGGGAUGUCCUGCAAUGCCAGGAACUUCACGCUCUUCCACCAUCCCAUGUAUGGGAAUUGCUACACGUUCAACAACAGAGAAAACGAGAGCAUCCUCAGCACCUCCAUGGGGGGCAGUGAGUACGGGCUGCAGGUCAUCCUGUACAUCAACGAAGAAGAGUACAACCCCUUCCUUGUGUCCUCCACGGGCGCUAAGGUGCUCAUCCAUCGGCAGGAUGAGUAUCCCUUCAUUGAAGACGUGGGAACCGAGAUCGAGACCGCCAUGUCAACCUCCAUUGGGAUGCAUCUGACCGAGUCCUUCAAGCUGAGCGAGCCCUACAGCCAGUGCACAGAGGACGGGGGUGACGUGCCGGUCAGAAACAUCUACAACGCAGCCUACUCCCUCCAGAUCUGCCUUUACUCCUGCUUCCAGACAAAGAUGGUGGAGAAAUGUGGGUGUGCCCAGUACAGCAAGCCCCUGCCUCCGGCCGCCAGCUACUGCAACUACCAGCAGCACCCUAACUGGAUGUACUGUUACUACCAGCUGUACCAGGCCUUUGUCCAAGAAGAGCUGGGCUGCCAGUCGGUGUGUCGAGAAACCUGCAGCUUUAAGGAAUGGACCCUGACCACCAGUCUGGCACAGUGGCCAUCAGAAGUUUCAGAGAAAUGGUUGCUGCCUGUCCUCAACUGGGACCAAAGCCAACAAAUAAACAAAAAGUUCAACAAGACGGAUUUGGCCAAACUCCUGAUAUUCUACAAAGACCUGAACCAGAGAUCCAUCAUGGAGAGCCCGGCCAACAGUAUCGAGAUGCUGCUGUCCAACUUUGGUGGCCAGCUGGGCCUGUGGAUGAGCUGCUCCGUCGUCUGCGUCAUCGAGAUCAUCGAGGUGUUCUUCAUUGACUCCUUCUCCAUCAUUGCCCGGCGCCAGUGGCAGAAAGCCAAGGAAUGGUGGGCCCAGAAGCAGGCCCCCUUGGGUCCCGAGGCUCCUCCGGCUAGGCAGCAGGGCCAGGACAACCCGGCCCUGGAUGUAGACGACGACCUGCCCACUUUCACCUCUGCCUUACGCCUGCCUCCAGCCCCGGGGGCCCAGGUGCCUGGCACACCACCCCCCAGAUACAAUACCCUGCGCUGGGAGAGGGCCUUCUCCAACCAGCUGUCGGACACGGAGGUGCCUGAGGAGCCCUGAGGCGGGGAUGGGAAGAAAGAGCUAGUGGUGGCGUGAGGACGUAGUCCCUGUCCCCCAGACACAGAGGGGGCCCUCCUGCUCCCCCGCUCUGGGCUUUUGAGACGCUGACUGGAAGCCUUCUGAGAAUAAGAGAGGGCUGGGGCAGGUGCCGGAGGACCUGCUGGACCCUGCCCGGUAACACUACCAGCCAGGAUGGGCUAGAUCCCACGCCCGGACCAAGAGACAGGGCAGGGGAUACCGUGCUGGCCCAGGGGAAGGCCAGAAGGGAGCUCUUCACCGGAUCUUGAGAGAGAAGGACACCUUUAAGCCCCAAGCCCAGGGUUCAUCUGCUCCCCUGUCCUGCGCUGGGGCCUGAGGAUCUAACCUUAGGUAGCAAGGCUGGACGGCUCCCGAUCAAUGACCCAACACAGGAGGACGCACCAGUCCUGGAGUCGGGCUGUUGGCAAAUACGUGAUCCUCGGUCACCAACACUGGGGCAGGGUGUCCUCUGGGCCCCAGGACAGAGAGCUGGCCCCCGCCCUGGGAGUGUGUGUAGGGAGGGGUGCAGUGGAGGGUGUGGUAGGAUGAUCUGCUCUGGGGUUCGGGCUGGGGCCUUGCUCUGGGCAGCUAAGGCAGGUCCCAGGGCCCUUCCCAGACAGAGAAGGGCUAGUUAAAGGGCAGAGCUGGCCACUGCUGUCCUGUGGUGUCCUGAACCUUCUUCAGCUGCUCUUGCUUUGGACUGACUCAGCACCACCCUGGGCCAGAAUGACCAAUGCCACCUCCCAUGUCUUGCCAGCCACUGGAUGGCUUGUAUUCCCACCCUCCAGCUGCAGAGUCGGCCCGGGAACAGGAGGCCGGGCACUGUUCUCAGCCUUUCCAUAAAUUAUCCAAGAGGACAGCAGGACUCCACCCCGAAGGCCAAAUCCUGGUUUGGCUCAUGAACCGAGAAUGCGUGGCUCUUGUUUUUACUUUUCAAAGAGCUGGGAAAAAAAUAUAUAUAUAUCAAAAGAAGAAGAUUGGGUUUCUCGUGACAGUGAUGUGAGAUUCGAAUCUCAGUGUCCAUAAAUAAAGUUUUAUUGGCACACAGCCA